CUCAAACAUGUGCCACUUUCAGGUCUCCUCACACACUGCUGGUGUGUUGAAUUUUUUGACAUAGGGUGCUGGCAGAUUACGGGCCUCCUAUAGCUGCUGCCAGGCCCCUAAUCUGCCAUAGGCCCCUAUAUACCGCCUCCUCAUGCUGCUGCCAAGUCCAGAGUCUCUCAUGGGUCCCUGUACGGCCUCCCAUUGCUGCUGUCUCCAUCGCCACACUCUGCCAUGUGCCACAUUCAGGUCUCUUCACACACACUGCUUCGGGUCCCUGUACGGUCAUGGGUCCCUGUACGGCCUCCCAUUGCUGCUGUCUCCAUCGCCACACUCUGCCAUGUGCCACUUUCAGGUCUCCUCA